AUGAGCAUCAUUAAUGUUUCUAUCAUCUUCCUAAUUGCUAUUUUCGCGGUGAACAUUGACGCCGGAGUAGGAAAAACCAUAACCAUGGACCCGUGUCUCGAGUCGAUGAAGACCGCUUCGCUACCUGAUCUUCCUUACGCUUACGAUGCGUUAGAGCCAGCGAUCAGUGAGGAGAUCAUGCAGUUGCACCAUCAGAAACACCACCAGACUUACGUCACUCAGUACAACAAAGCCCUAGGCAAACUCCGAUCCGCCUUGGCCGACGGUGAUCACUCCUCCGUCGUCAAACUGCAAAGCCUCAUCAAGUUCAACGGCGGAGGUCACGUUAACCAUGCAAUCUUCUGGAAAAACCUAGCCCCUGUUCAUGAAGGAGGUGGCAAGCCACCGCAUGAUCCUUUGUCUUCGGCGAUUGAUGCUCAUUUCGGAUCCUUAGAAGGAUUGAUCCAGAAGAUGAACGCCGAAGGCGCAGCCGUGCAAGGAUCUGGUUGGGUGUGGUUUGGAUUAGACAAAGAGCUAAAGAGACUUGUCGUCGAGACCACAGCCAAUCAGGAUCCAUUGGUGACUAAAGGAUCACACUUGGUUCCUCUAAUCGGGAUUGACGUAUGGGAGCACGCAUACUAUCCUCAGUACAAGAAUGCAAGAGCCGAGUACUUGAAGAACAUAUGGAGUGUGAUCAAUUGGAAAUAUGCAUCAGACGUAUACGAGAGAAACAAUCGAGAUCAAACUGAGAUUUAG